AUGAAGGAGAGGCUGUCUAACGAUCAGACGUGGUGUACGCCAAUACCGCACGACAGGAAGGUGUCGACGGUGCGGGAUUUUUAUCAGGCGUUCCACGAUGCGAGCACGUUGCCGAUACGGACCUGCAUGAUGUGCUACCGCAAGCGGCGGCCGCUCACCAUUUUCAUGCCGGAGCUGCUUUCCGAAGGCGAGCCCGUGUCGGUGUGUGCGGAGUGUGCCCGAUGCCUGGCGCGCGGGAGUCUGUCGCCGGCGGUCCAUCUUCACACUCGCCUUGGCUGUGAGCACAUGUUCCCUGACGAGCUCAAGGGACUCACGCUGGUCGAAGAGAAGCUCGUCUCGCUCAACUCCUGCUAUGGGCACGUCAAGGGCCACAUCACAGUGUUUCCCAACAACGUGCAGGAGCUGGCGACCAAGGUGCUCCCGCACCCCCUCUUUUGCAAGCACUGGACGAGAUCCACGUUUCGUGGCAGGGCGUGGAGAAGCCGGCACCGAGCGACCUGUCGAGUCUCUUCAACCCCCCACUACGCCGAGAUCGAGAUCGACGUGGCGGAGAUGGAGAGUUGGGGAGACCCGAUAGACGGGGUGCCGGCCUUGGUGUAUGAUCGCAUGGAGCGGAACGAGCCGUCCGCAUGGGAGAAAACGCGGACGGCGCACGUUGUGCCGCCCACGGAGCGCGCCAUGGACGACGAGGGGUCGGUGGAGAUCGAGGAACUCUUCGCUCUGCUCAACCAAAGGCAGGAAACGGGAGGCGAGGCUGAAGGGCACGGGCCCAACGAAGAAGGCGCGGGUCGUGAUGGAGUUGGUGCUAGCCCCGAUCAGAACGUUCGACCAAUCAACGAGGUGACGUCUUCCGGCAUGUUUGGGCUGGACGGACCGCCAGACGUGGCGGAUGUCGAGAAGCUGCGCAUGCUGAGUGUGGCGAGGAAGGACUUCGGCAAGGUCGAGCGCGUUGCCCGCUCGAUGACCGCGCAAAGGUUAGCGGCGGCGAGGGUCGAGUUGGAGAGCUCGGGCAAGACGACCGAUGAGGGCGUGAAGGAGCUUCUCAGGAGCCUCUCGCUGUACGGCCACCGGCAACCCAUGUCGAGAGAGGUUCGGCUCAAUAUGCGGCGGAAAAUCCAGUCGCUCAUCGUUGGCUACGGCGUUCCGGCCAUCUGGUUCACCAUCAACCCAAACGACAUUACGAACCCGGUGAAGCUGCGACUGGCGGCAUAUCGGACACGCGAUCCCGGCGCGGCCGAGGAGUUCCUAGAAGGCCUUGGGAGUGCGUACAAGCGGACAAGGCUGGCCAUGUCCGAUCCGAUGAGCGCCGCCGUAUUCUUCCACCGGGAGAUGAAGCUGUUCUUCGAUCAUUACGUGAAGGUCGGAGAAGAGUCGGUAUUCGGGCGCAUCGGCAAGUACUAUGGCGCUGUGGAGACCAACGAACGAGGGGCGCUUCAUGUUCACGGCUUGCUCUGGUUGCACGGAAACGCGCAUCUCAGCUCGAUGCUUGCCGACAUCCACGGGGAGGAUCAGGCGGCGUAUCGCGAGCGAAUCAUACGAUACGUCGAUAGUGUCUUCUCCGAGGAUCUGGAUCAGGAAGGGUUCUGCGCCGUGCAAGCGGAGCGAUCUGUGACGUCCGAUAUUUCCUCCCUGCUGGACAACACCGAGCAGUUUUCGGCCGCAUUUGACGAGGAGGCCAACUUCUGUGCCGGCGCUACACAGGUUCACACGCAUAGCCCGACCUGUGUCAAGUAUUCCUUGGGCAAAGGAGCGCGGAAAGGGAAUCCAUGCCGGUUUAAGUCUCCAUGGAGGUUGGUCGACAAGACCGCCAUCACGGCAGACGGGGUGUUGCAGAUCCGGAGGACUCACAGCAUGGUCAAUCGAUGGAACAAGGCUAUCGCUGUUGGGCUCCGGCACAACCACGACAUUUCCUUCAUUGCGACGCAGCGCAAGACCAUGGCCCUUAUGUAUUAUGUCACGAACUACGCGACGAAGGUGGAGGACCCGGUGUGGAAGCGUGUGGCGGCCGCGGCCGAUCUCCUGGCCGCCUCAACGGGUGACGGCACGGCCAACGGAGGACAGGACGACGGUGGAGGUGCUGUCGAGGUCGUCGCUCAUCUUCUUGGAUAUCCGGCCGAGUUCACCAACAGCAGCGCCUGGGCGUACCUGAACACAUCUCUGCUGUACUGGGAAGUCUUUCGACGGUGGCCGUAUCUCCGACGAGCAAGUGGCGCGGCGGCCAUAGAUGAUACUCUGGAUGAGUCGGUCGUUGUCGAAGAAGCAGGCCUGAGGAUCUCCCACGUUGAGGCGUACCAGCACCGGGGAGAGCUCCUGCGAGGGCUAUGCUUAUACGACUACAUAUCGCUCGUUAGACUAAAACGCACCAGUAAGGAUGAGAGCUGUGCGGCCUGGGGGGAGGUGCCCUUCGAGGAUGGAUGGGCGCCAGGGAGACGCUGGGUCCAGGUGCUCAGGCGGCCGGGCAAGCAUGCUACCGUCUGCCUCGAUGGCUACCUGAGCAAGGACUUCGGCCACAACGACGACGAGGAGUCGUGCCACCGGAGGGCAGCCGUGCAGCAUCUUGCGCUAUUUGUGCCGUGGGAGUCCUUUCUGUGCGAAGAAACAGCCGAAGACGCAAAGCGCGACGCCAAGCAAUGGGCGGCCUCAUCCGGCGAUGGCGAUUCCACGGUCGCCCACGUCGAGGAGGGCGAGACAGGCGAGGCGGGCGCAGAAUUUGCAGCGACGUAUCGGUCCAACAACAUCGGAGACGCAACGCGCCUGAUCGACGUCGUCCGAGGCGCAGUGGGCACGAAUCAGGUGACGGCCAAGUCGCCGGAGCUCAUGGCAAUGAUGCGGCAGCUCUGUCGAUUCCAGCAAUCGGCGCUCUGCUCAACGGCCGAGCUCGAGGCCAUCGCGAUUCCCGAACAAGGGUUGAGGUGCAUAAGCAUGCCAGGGCGGGUAUUUUCCGGGGCCGCACUACCGCCGCAGGAUCAGGUCAAGGCUAUCAAGUCGCAGCAGAUAAUCGCAGUCCGGGAAAGCGAUCGCCGAGCUGCGUUGCGGAGGGUGAUGACCGGCUUCGGGGAGGACGACGUCGAAAUGACGACAGCCGACUCCGACGAGACGGCUAGCGACGCAGAAGCGGGAAUGCGCGUCCAGUUUGGCCCAUCGACCUCCUUCUUCGCGGCGGGCAAGGAGUUGUCAACACGGCUAACGCUGAACAAGAGGCAGUCGAUCGCUUUCCUAAUAAUAUGCCGCCAGCUCGAUUUGAUGCGACAAACGAAUAGGGCGAUGCCGGCCAGCUCUGCCAGCUCGUCGGCGGCGAGGGGGCACCGGCAAGUCGCGGAUCAUUGGGGCACUCGUCGAGCUGUUCAGUGGGAAGAGCCUUUCGAAUCGUCUGCUGAUCACGGCGACGUCAGGACUGCGGCGGCGCAGAUCAACGGCAUCACGAUCCACUCCGCCUGCGGGUUCACUAAAGACCAAGGGGCGGGCGGCGCGAACACAGCCAAGGACCUUGACGGGGUGCGGCUGACAAAACGGGCGGAGCGGUUCAUCCACGGCCAGUCUCGGAUGGACUGGCAGGAGAAGGACGUGCUUGUCAUCGACGAGAUUUCGGGGAUCCCCAUCGUCCUCUUCUGCGGAGACUUUCAGCAGUUCCGGCCGGUCCAAGAGAGGUCGAUCGUCCUGCCGAGCGCGGCCAUCUCGUGGGACGUAGACAACUCGUUCAAGGCCGAGCAGCGGCACCAGCACGACAAAGCGCACGCGCUGUGGAAGAGAUUCACGACGGUCGUCAUGUUGAACGAGCAAAUGCGCGCCGCCGGGGAUCCGGAAUUGGGGCUGCUGAAGCGGAUCCGGCAGGGUGUGCAGGACCGCACGGAUCUGGACCUCCUCAACUCAAGGUGCUACCGCGAGGGCAGGCGGAUCCCUUGGGAGACUGGCAUCACCGUGGUGACGCCGCUGAACAGGAAUCGGUGGAACCUAAACAUGGAGGCAAGCUUGGCGUUCCGGGUCCAGCAGCGGUCGACGAUGCGCAUCUUCAUCUCCGAGCACAAGUGGAAGGAGGGCCUGCCGACCGAGGAAGAAGCGAUCAUGAUACUCAAUCAAGGCGACGAUAGCGCGAUCCCCGUGCCGGCCGUCUUCAUGUUCGUGGCCGGGAUGCCGGUCGUCGUGAACCACAACACCCAUCAGGGGCUGAAGCUGGUGAACGGCGCCGGCUACUCGGCGGUGGAGGUCAUUGUCGACAAGGCGUCCCCAGGGCAUCGAAUCUCGUCCGACAUGACGAUCCACUUCGGGCCGCCGGCGGGGAUAUUACUGGAAUCGGCGACGACAAAGGACCUCCACUUCAACGACGUCAGCCGGAAGGGAUUGCCGUGCGCAGCAGCCUUCGCCUGCACGGACUACAAGGUGCAGGGCAGAACGCUAGAGCGCGUGGCCCUGGAGCUGCGGGGGACACGGACGACGAAAGUCGAUGGAAGGGCCGUGCCCUCGCAAUGCGACCCGUACAGCUUAUAUGUGCAGCUAUCGCGCUGUCGAACGCUAGACGGCAUCACGCUCGUGUCCAAGGUGCGGGAGAGACUUGGUGGGGAGCCGAGUCCCGAAGAGAUGACCGCCGCGCAGGCCAGGCUGGAGGUGCUAAGCGAGAGGACUGUCGAGGAAGCUUUGCGUCGGUCGGAUGGCGACGCUGAAGAGUCAAGGAGAGUUGUCAGGGUGAGGUGA